AAGAGGCUCUCGUCUAAGAUUGACCAACAUUGACUACCUACCGAGAUAACUUAUAUAUAAAUAUUCCACACCUAAUGGCUACAUUACGAACUAUAUCAGGAAAUUUCAACCUACCUCUCGUAUUCAGGACUUUCAGGACUUUCAGGACUUUCAACGAAGCGCACUGCCUUGUGCGCACUAUACAACACCGAGCAUAUGAUGCUGCAUUCGACCAAGAUGACCUCACCGAAGCCAGAAAGUGGUAUGCUUCGUUCACCGAAAAUAACUUGCCAAAGGGUCAGACGAGCUACUCUAGGUCAAGCGGACCUGGGGGCCAACAUGUAAACAAGACCGAGAGCAAAGCCACAACAGUGUGGUCCAUCGAGGAGUUGUCUAAGGGCUUGCCAAAACUAGUUCGUCUGGCUCUGCGCUCUUCAAAAUACUAUUCAAAAAGGAACGACUCCAUCACAAUCCAAGCCCAGACCCAACGGAGUAGGUCUGCUAAUACUGAUGAUAAUCACCUGAAAUUGGUAGAAGAACUGCAGAAGAUUUAUAGGGAACAAGUCCCAGGGACGACCAGUAGCGAAAAGAUCAAGAAGUACGAAGCCUUAGAGAAAUCAGCUCGCGAGAACAGACUCAGAUCGAAGAAAGAGCACAGUUCUAAAAAGGCAUUUCGGAAAGGCAGAGUUGACGAGUAAAGGUAAAAUAGUAGCGAUAUUUGUAUAGGAAAAAUCUAAUAAAAACAGGUGAUCACCUAUAUGAAGUAGGAAGUUCCUUCCCUCGUUCCCCACGGUAGCAAGCAAAGCGCCUAUUUCUUUGCGGCUGACUAAAACGCCCAGAAGGAGGGGCAGAAAGGUGGAGC